AUGAACUGUGGGCAAACCUGCAUUGCCCCCGACUACAUCCUUUGUGCUGGGCCGCGUCUGUCUGUGCUCGCUCAACGUCCUGCUGUUCUGUUUUCCCCAGCACCGACUAUCCUCACUGAUGUUUCCCCGGAGUCCAAGGUGAUGGAGGAGGAAAUCUUUGGACCCGUCCUUCCCAUUGUGACGGUGAAGAGCGUGGACGAGGCCAUUGAGUUCAUCAACCGUCGGGAGAAGCCGCUCGCGCUGUACGUCUUCUCCAACAACAAGAAGUUAAUCAAAAGAGUAAUCUCGGAAACCACUAGUGGAGGAGUUACUGCAAACGAUGUCAUCAUGCACUACUUCCUCUCAACCUUGCCUUUUGGUGGUGUUGGUAACAGCGGGAUGGGUGCCUACCAUGGCCGGCACAGCUUUGAGACCUUCUCCCACCGCCGAGCCUGCUUGAUCAAGGACUUGAAGAUGGAGGGGGCCAACAAACUCCGGUACCCGCCUAGCAGCCAGAAGAAGGUGGACUGGGCCAAGUUCUUCAUCCUGAAGCGAUUUAACAAGGGCCGAGUGGGACUGGUCAUCUUGGCGCUGCUGGGGGUCGUGGCAGCUGUGGUGAUAAAGAUGGUUUACUACUGAA